UGUCUUCAUGCUCCGAGCUGCUAUGAUUAAGGCAUCAAGUGCCAGAAUGAAGAAGCAAUUGAAUUGUUGGCAGAGCCCACAUCAAUCAAGGGGCUGCGAUAGACCGGGCUGAGCCAAUGAUGACGUCCAAACCAGGAUUCUUCAGGUAGUCAAGGUUUGGGGUCGCCGGUGUUAUCACCGCUGGCGAUGAGAGAGGAGGUAGUAGACGGCGGUGGCGGAUCUCCAAAAAAAAGGCUCCAGGGGUGUGGGGGCGUGGACUUGUUCAAGAGUUGUACAGAGUAUGUGGUUCUCUGUUACCAUUCCGAAAUAGAUCGACUCUCGAACGGGGGGACAAUGAAAGUCCCUGAACGGAUUAGAUACGGCAGCAGGAAAGACCUCAACCACCGCUCGGCAAGCAUAUUUCGAGGGCAUUUUUCAGUCCAAGUUUGCCGCCCUCGCGCAUGGUUCUCUUUGUUCCUCACCGCCGUGGAGGAGAGUCUGCAAGAUGUCGUGCCUGCCUCAUGCAGCCGCUGCCGCCAUCAACCCAUCCACUCGACAUCGACAUCCUCCGCCUCAACUUCCAGGUUGCCACCAAUCCCCACACCCAUGAAACAGUUAGCGGAGCUCGCCGUUACACACACAGAAUCCCGCACUUCGGUCCAAAGCCCUCCCUACCCUUCCACUACCGAACCGGCGCAUAAUGAUAGACGGCCUCGACUGGACUGCUGCCCUCCUUGCGAACGAGUGCACUUCGGGGCGGCGCUUGGAGGUGCCCCGCCUGUUGGCGUCCUCCCCGCGUCUCACCCUCUCGAUGGGAUUUGUCCGAGAAAGAUCAUCGAAACUCACCCUUCAUGCAAGACGCUCACGCUGAUCCGAUUCUGAGCCAUUCUGAGCCUUUCGCUGUGUUUUUUCUCAUUGUGUUAGUAGCAGUAAUUCAAUGAAUUUAAUUGCAUCCCUUUGCCCAAUGUACGAGCAGCCCGCACACGAGAAUAAAUAGAACUACAAAUGACUGGAAUAAGUAGGUACAAGAUGUGAACUGCAUGGUAGGUAAAAUGCAGACAAUUAGAUAUUCGAGGCUGCCAGAGCCAAUAUCGCGGG